UUAUCCGGAAACAUCUUCCAUUCUCACUCACUCUGCAAUAUUCUUCACGUCUUGUUCACACAUUUCACGAAAAACUAAAUAUUUCUUGCCAAUUUCCAAAAUAUUGGCCUCGGAGUGACGUUCAAACGAAUUCGGCACAAUAGUAGAACAGUCCGACGAGUGCCGAGCGGCUGUGCUAAUCACCCGAGCUGUGACGACACUUGAAAAAGGAAGCGUACAGUGUCGAUUCUCUUUUUCACUCUGCCACACAGCUGAGUAUAUUAACAUGUUUUUCACGAAAAUGAGAAUUUUCACGGUAAAAAUUCCUAUGAAACGUUAAAUAAGUGCAGAGCGAAGGUGAUCUGAUUGUUUUCCGCGAUCUUCCCGAGCAAAAAUUGGCCGAAAUAGGCACAUUUUGGGAGAAAAAGGUCCCGUAAGGGCGUAAAAAAGUCCCGGGUCUGUGUAAUCAAUGGUAAAAAGCCCAGUCUGUUCGGGGUGUUAAGGUCCAUCGCGGAGUGCGCGAAUUUGCGGAAGGGCAACUGCAGCCACUGUGAGCCAAUGUUCUGACGGAAGCCCCUUUCUUAUAUCUCCUUAGUGGCGUGUGUUGCGAAGCGAUCGAAAGGCGGUUUCGUUGUGUCACUGCGGAAGAAAAGAACGCGUGAAAGACGUCGCGUGAGAACGAAGAAAGCGAUAGCGAGAUCAGGAUGCCGGGCGCUGGAACAUUCAAGCUGUUCAUCGGGAACAUCGACGAAAAGACGCAGGCAUCGGAGUUGCGUCCAUUGUUCGAAAAGUACGGCACGGUGGUUGAAUGCGAUGUGGUGAAGAAUUACGGAUUUGUGCACAUGGAAAAUGAGCAGCAGGGACGCGAUGCAAUCCAAAAUUUGAACGGUUACGUGGUGAAUACGCAGCCAAUGAAGGUGGAGGCCGCGAAGAGUCGCCGAGCGCCGAAUACGUCCACGACAAAGAUCUUUGUUGGCAAUCUCACGGACAAGACACGGGCGCCCGAGGUGAGGGAGUUAUUCCAGAAGUACGGGACCGUGGUCGAGUGUGACAUCGUGCGCAAUUACGGCUUUGUGCAUCUGGAUUGCGCGGGCGACGUGAAUGAGGUGAUCAGGGAGUUGAAUGGCAAAGUAGUGGACGGGCAGCCGUUGAAAGUGCAGGUGUCGACGAGUCGCGUGCGACCCAAGCCCGGCAUGGGUGAUCCGGAACAGUGCUACAGGUGCGGUCGCUCGGGGCACUGGUCCAAGGAGUGCCCGCGCCUCAUGUUCUCGGAGCGCGGAUAUCGCGGCGAUAGGAUGUACCGCGACCCUUAUCCACCUCCGCCGCCGCCGCCCUUCUUGCGAGACAGGAUCAUGGACGGAUUUCGGGAUUCCUACGAUUCCUACUACGACAGGCGCUACGAUGACGGCAGGGAUUUGUUCGAGAGGCGCUACUCUGGCAUGGGGGCCAUGCGCGGGGGUGGCGGCAGUGGCUCCGGCCUGGGUGGCGGCCGAGAGUUUGGCGGAAUGGGAUCCAUGGGACGCCGUGAGCCUCUGCCACCGCUGCCGCCACUCGGGCGCUCUGGCGGCUCGGGCAGCGGCUCCGGAUUGGGCUCGAUGAGGAGCUCCAUGAGUGGCGGCAAUGGCGCCAGCUAUGAUUCCAUGUUCAGCCGACGAAGUCCGCCGCGAAGUGGCAGCAAUGGCAUGAAUCGCUUCGGAAUCUACGAGGACUUCAGCCGCGACUCUUUCGACGAUCGACGUCCGGGCAUGAGAGGACCGUCACCCACACAUCGCUAUGCGCCCUACUGAGACGAGAUGGACCCGUAUUACUAUUACUACUGAUUUUUCCACGUGCGGACCCGCCACAGUUGCGGACGCUAGAAGUUUCUUAUAGAGAGUUUUUUAUAUUUUUCCUCCUUCAAAUCAUUGUGCUGCAUUCAUUCACUCUGCAAAACGAUUCAGGUAGUCUUUUGAGCUCUUGUUGGGCACUUUGGAUGGGUGUGUGAGUGUGUGUGGGUCCAAAAUGUUUCUCAUGCGGUUGAACUUUUCGCGUGUGGAUUUUAUAUUAAAAUCGUGUUUUGCCAUCACAAUGUAAAGGGAUGACAACUAAUGAGAAUUUGAUGUAUAAUUUUCUUUUAUAUCAAUUAUAAUAAUAAUAAAAUGAAUGAAUUUCAAGCUGUCAACACAACAAUGAUGAUACGGCAUCUCAAGCUGUACAAGAACAUAAUUUUACUAUAUAAAAAACAGAUAAUUGUGAAACAGAAUAAAGAGAAUGAUAGAAUUAAA